AUGGCGAAGAAGAACACCGACAGCGCGGAGCUGGCGCGGAGGCUGGACGGGCAGGUCAUGGUCAUACCGGACCUGGGGAGGUUGAUGGGCCACUGGCCCUGCAUGAGGAACGCGCACGCUUCGGACAUCGAGGGGCAGGUCGGCGAGUUGCUGGAUCGGACGGCCUCGCCUAGGGAUAAGGAGAAUGUUGAGGAGGCGAACCCGGCUUUGCUUGCGGCGUGUCUGUGGCCCAAUGUGUCGCUGGAGCAUCUGAGGACGUUGACACAGAUGGUCCUUUGGCAGGGACGGCUCGAUGACUACAUCGAGGCGUUGGAGUACGAGAACUCGGAGCGGGCGAGGGAGUUCCGGGCCAAGACCAAGGAGUACGUUGCGCAGUAUCUCCAGCUUUCGGAUCUGCCGCGGGAGCCGCCUGCGACGAGUGCCAUUUCGGAUUUCCAGCAGGUAGCGCAGGUGAUUUGCCGGUACUAUGACCAGGACCAGCGGAGGGCUCUGAGGGUCAGCUUGUUCGAGUACAUUGACUCAACGGUGUCGGAGAUGCGGUACAUCCAGAGCGGGGAGGUACCGACAGACCGGUACUACGAGGAUCUGCGGAAGAGGACGGCGGGUGCUGGGCCACUUUGUGCCUUGGCCGAGUUUGUUGCGGGAGUGCAGUUGUCUGGACUGGUCACUGGCUCGAUCCCAUACAAGCUCAUGCUUGAGGCGGUCAGUGUCAUCAUUGGACUGACGAACGACUUGCUCUCAUUGAGCAAAGAGCUGAGAAAGGGUCGAAUCUUCAACGCGGUGCCGGUGCUCCUGUGGAACGGCGAACGCGGCGAGCUGGCGGAGGUCGUCGAGCACGUGGUCGGAGAAAUCGAAAAGGCCGUCAAGAGCUUCGACGUGUGCGAGUCGAGGCUCAUCCGCCAGUACCGGGGUGAAGCGGACCACAUCCGGCUGGUGGCCGAGGCUCUGAAGACCGUUUGCACCGGCAACUUGGCCUGGAGUCUGGAAUCGAAGAGGUACAAAGUGGGCGAGCCGGGCGAGGACGGCAGUUUGGAGCAGGUGUUGAGAGCUCCCUGA